AUGCUGCCCUGCCUCCCCCUGCUUCUCCUGAUGGGGCUGUCUGCAGGCACUGUGACAGCUGACGAGGGACUGGCACUCAGAGCAGAAGCAGGGUCCUGGAUAACCUUGACCCUGGAGGAUGGUGGCAUUCACUUCCAGCUCCAGAAGGUGAAGAGGGGCAAAGCAAGCCAGUUCUUUGGGCUGAUGGGGAAGCGGUUGAGAGGAAUACCUCCUACCCAGCCAGACAGAAGAACAGAUGGAGCUGGUCCCUGUGGCCUGGGCGCCAUGCUGUCCUUGGCACCCUGCCCUGCCCUGCCCUGCCGGGUCACGUGGCUGGUUUCCCCAGAGCAGAACCCCUCCCACCACGGGCAGCAGCAGCUCCACCACCAGAGCAUCCGCAAGGACAAAUGGUGCAGGGCCUCCUGGGCAGGGCGGUACCAUCUACAGAAGUGCAUCCUCUAG